GGAGUCAGGGCUGCCCGUGUCUUCUUUCACAGCAGCGCGAUGUGUAAGUGUAGAUCGCGCUGCUGGAGGGGAGAGCUGUGUUGGAGCUUGCUAGGAGGAACUAGUAUGUGAGAUGAGCCGCAUGAACAAAGUUCCCGAAGGCGUCCUGCUGGAAAUCCUGUCUGCUGUUCCUGCGCCCGAUCUAAUCCACCGCUGCCGACCUGUCUGUACCCUCUGGAGAGAUAUUGUUGACUCACCCGCUUUAUGGAAGGCAAAAUGUCAGCGGGACGGAUUUGUAUCAAAUCGCUGCAAACGGAACCCACCGGACUGGAAGAUGUUCUAUUUUCUGCAUCUACGGAAAAGGAAUUUACUAAAAAACCCAAUUGCUGCAGAACACUUCAAGUACUGGCGUAAAAAUGAAAAUGGAGGACACCAGUGGAAGGUGGAAACCCUCCCAGGAAACCAUGGCCGGCCUUUCCCAGAUAAAAAAGUAAAGGAAUACUUUGUCACCUCUUUUGGGUUGUGUUUGAAGUCUCAGACUAUCAACUUGAAGAAGGAAGGAUAUCCCAAUGAGUUCAUGGAUAUAGUUCAACCCGAUAUAGUCAUCAAGGACUGGUACGCAGCGAGAAAGGACUGUGGGUGCCAGUACCAGAUCCUUGUACAACUGCUGUCACAAGACAAGACUGUAAUGGCGGAGUUUCAGCCGGAGCCUGUUAUUAUAGAGCAGUGGAGUAAUGCAGAGUGGUCCCAGAUUGAACACACAUUCAGAAAAUACGGCCCUGGUGUGCGCUACGUAUAUUUUGAACAUGGUGGAAAUGACACCCAGUUUUGGGCUGGAUGGUAUGGUAUACGGGUGACAAACAGCAGCGUGACCAUUAAUCCCGGAGACCUCAGCGCAUAAGUCUGUGGACAUCUGCUGGAAGCUUCAGUUUCUUGAUCCAGUUCCAGAAAAGAAAUACAGCUUCACUUACCGGAAUCAGACUAAUCCGAUACAACUGGCUUAAAGGGAAUCUGUCACCAAAUGUUGAUGUUGAAGAGUUGUCGCCUCCUCCAACAGAAUAAGCUUUCAGGCAGCACAGUGCUCAGGGCCCUCCAGUAGUGCCGGACUAGGCUGUCUAGGCCCCACCAUUAAAAUUUAUUUUGGGGGCCCACCAUAUGGAUACAUCCAAAUAUUACCUGCUCACACAACAGCAAGAUACUGCAAGAUGAUUGAUUAUGGGGUCCCUGCGGCUACUUUGAGAAGGCAGGUCUAUCGGAAAGGAAGACACUGGCUGUCCUGCCUCUAUACCUGUACAUCAUCUUAGCCACAUUAAUGUGUCUGUAAUAAUAAACUGAGUAGUAGCUUACAAUAUUCUACCUAGUUUUUUAUAUGAACUUAGGGGCACAUUUACUAUAGUGUCUGUUUCGGACUGUCUUGAAUUUUUCUAGUCUCACUUACCAACUGAUUUUGCGCCUGUUUAGGAGGCAUUUGCUCCUUGUUCGUCUAAUUUUAAGACAAAUUUUGGAGUUGUCUUUGUUUUGUGCAUUAUUUCCCAUGUAUUUAUCUUUGUACACCUAAAUUAUGCGCAUAAACAGUCUUAUUUCUUCUUCCCUCCUGACCAGGCUUAUUUUUCCCAACUGUUUUGAGGAGGAACUUGCGCAAUUUUUUUAAUUGAAAGAGAUAGAGUUGCUGCUUUUUUUCCAGUCAUUUGCACAAUUUUU